CCAAUCUUGUUAGACUAGACUUUAGAUAACUAAAACAAGUCAUGCUCGACCUGUCAAAUAUGUCACCUGAAUAAUGUCCUCGAACCCUACACUAUACCCUAUUCAUGCUCGCACACUGAAAGUGUGCCUCCAUAAACUCCUGGUUACCAAUAUGUCACCUGAAUAAUCGUUCCUUGAGUUCUAUACUACGCCACAUUCAAGCUCGCUCAGUCGAAGAUUUGGAUGCAAUUCUAGCUUAUACCUUCUGACAUAGAAUCUCAAACUCUCCCUCCUUCCCUCGCUGCGUCUUCAAAAAUUUUCCCCGUAUAUAUCCAUGUUCCACUCCCUCGACCGCUCUUCUCGUAGGCACCAGCACUCAUCCGUCGAAAUGGUCGCCUCUACCGUCGUACUCGUCCCCAAAACACCCACCACCAACUCCCAAAACGACCUCAGAAGUGAGAAGCCCGAGGUGAUGCACUUUGAUCUGGCACCCAGCAAAGGCGAGGCAGGUCCUUCCAACUAUGGCCCACCCCCAGACACCAGUCACUUCCUCCCCACCACCGUCGAGAAAAUUCUCGCCAUGCCGUCUCCCAGUUUUGAAGCUACUCCCGAAGCAACCCUUCCAGACACUCCUGCCGAUUCAAGAAAAGGCUCUGAAGGGGAAAGAGAAGGCUACCGCACCCGCCCCCACCACCGAUGCUGAUGUGAAGAAGCAAGAAGAAAAGAACAAGGA